UUGAAUACUGGCAGCUUGUAUUUUGUCUGACUGGUGGUGUAGUAGUUCAUGCACAGAAUAUCACAAGAAACAUGACAAGUCAAGAAGAGCGCCUUGAGAGAUUGAGAAGGACCUUGCAUUCCUUAGCAACUAGAGUCCCAAAAGUAAUUCUGAAACGAGUUGACUCAACAUUUCCUGUUCUGAAGAAUAAAGCUAGUGUUCAGUUAAAGGCAACUAGUAAUGAAGCAGCACAUUUCAGUAUGGAUUUUAAUGCCGAAGAGCUUGGUGAACAGAGUGCAGAGUUAUCAGAGUUACGCAGCAAAGAGAAUUUGGAUUCAUGUGAGAUAUCACAGAAUAACGGAAGAAGAAUGACAAGUAAGGAAGAACGCUUUGAGAGAUUGGGAAGGACAUUGCAUUCCUUAGCAACUUGUGUCCCCAAAAUAAUUCUGACACGAGUUGCCUCAUCAUUUCCUCUUGUGAAGAAUGAAGCUAAUGUUGAAUUAAAUGCAACUAGUACUAAAGCAACACAUUUCAUUGAGGAAGUUCUUGGUGAACACAGUGCUGAACCCUCAGAGUUAAACAGCGAAGAGAACAUUAAUUUGUGCAGGAUUUGUAAGAAAGUAUUCUCUAGUAGCAAUAAUCUAUUGGGACACACAUAUGUAAGUAACAGAGAAAAAGUGUCUUUUUGUGAAACGUGCAUGAAAUCAUUCAGUGAUAAGAGCAGUCCAUUGCAACGAUUCGGAUGUGAUGAAGGGGCUUUUUCAUGUAAUGUAUGCAAUAAGAGCUUCACUAGUCGCUCUGAUCUAGACGCUCAUAUCAGAGUACACACUGGAGAACGACAUUUUUCAUGCGAAUUGUGUAAGAAAAUGUUCAGUCAUCGCAGAAACCUACUCACUCAUCUGAGAAUACAUGCUGGAAAACAACCUUUUCUGUGCAAUGUGUGUGAGAAAAUGUUCAGUCGUCGAUAUAGCCUACUCAAUCAUCUCAGAAUACACAGUGGAGAACGACCUUUUGUGUGCAAAGUGUGUAAGAAAAAUUUCCGUCAUCGCCCGAACCUGAAUGUUCAUCUGAGAAUACACAGUGGUGAACGACCUUUUUCAUGCGAAGUGUGUAAGAAAAGGUUCACUCGGAGUUGUCACCUACACUCACAUCUCAAUGUUCACACUGGUGAACGGCCUAUUUCAUGUGAAGUGUGUAAGAAAAGCUUCACUUGCCACUCUAACCUAAACGAUCAUCUCAGAAUACACACUGGAGAACGGCCUUUUUCAUGUGAAGUGUGUAAGAAAAGCUUCACUUGCCACUCUAACUUAAACAAUCAUCUCAGAAUACACACUGGAGAACGACCUUUUUCUUGCGAAGUGUGUAAGAAAGUUUUCCGUCUUCGCCAGUGCCUGAUUGCUCAUUUGAGAGUACACAGUGGUGAACGUCCUUUUUCAUGCGAAGUGUGUAAGAAAAGGUUCACUCAGUAUUCUCACCUACACACGCAUCUCAAUGUACACACUGGAGAACGGCCUUUUUCAUGCGAAGUGUGUAAGAAAAGGUUCACUCAGAGCUCUAACCUACACACGCAUCUCACUGUACACACUGGAAAAAGGCCUUUUUCAUGCAAAGUGUGUAAGAAAAGUUUCCGUCACAACUCUAGCCUACACACGCAUCUCAAAGUACACAGUGUAGAACGAUCUAUUUUAAUCAAUGUGGAGAGAAAGUUUCGCUCACGGAAGAAAUCUAAACGGGCAUCGCAGAGUUCGUCAUGAAACAUGGCAUUUCCUCAUAAUGCGCGCAAGAAAGCGUCCACUCAGUGUGACAGUCUGAGUCUACAGAGGCCACCUAAAAUUUGAUGCUCUAUGAAUAGGUAUUUUGAUUGAAUGUAGUGUGGUGUUCAAAAUACCGUAUUUACGCAUGUAUAGGCCGCACAUUUUUUGCCAAAAAUUCAAGAGGAAAACUGGGGUGCGGCUU